AAUGUCUGUGGGAGUGAAUGUGUUCUUGAUGCUGUAGUGUGAGAUUCAGCCGAAAUCAUGAAUUACUGUGAAAGAACUCGAGUUUGCCACAGUCUCAUCACGGAGGAGGCCGUGAAGGAGGCCCUGAGGGCGGACAAGGGUAGCGGGGCUCAGCUCGUCUCGUGGAAGAUCAAGGACUUCACCAGAAAGGGCGAUAACUACGUGGCGCUGGUGACGAGCGUCGAGACGGAAUAUGCGCUCGGAGGAGGAGGAAAAGGACAAGUCUCCUACGUCAUUAAGGCCAACCCUUGCCACGACGCCAUAAGUUACGAGAAUGUAACCCACGCGAUUUUCUUGAAGGAGGCAGAUUUCUACACGAAUCUCCUCCCUCACAUGAAUGCAAUACUGCAAGCAACAAACGUGGGGAUGUUAGACAUGCCCGUGUGUUACUACAGUAAGAUGGAAAGGAAGAAGGAAAUCAUCAUCCUGGAAGAUCUGAGGACGAGAGGCUUUAAGAUGUUCGACCGCCGGAAGGGCUUGGACGUCGCUCACGCCAAGCUUGCGCUGAAAGGCUUAGCCAAGCUCCACGCCGCUUCCCUGCUGCUACAGGAGAGGAAACCCGACAGCUUAGAGGCCAAGCUCUUAAACCGACCCUGGGGUAAUCUGGUCGAAGGCUCUACUAACGUGCUGCCAAUACUGGAAAGAACACUCGAUACUUCGGUAACUAUAUUGAGUAAAAUUGGUGGCUAUGAAAGUUCUAUAGUCUGGGUAAAGAACGUCAAGGCAAAACUGCAAGAAAUAUUUGAGAAUGACGUGAAAUCCACCAAGUACCAUGUUUUAUGCCAUGGGGACGCUUGGAACAACAACAUGCUUUUCAAGUACAGCGACGACGCCACUCCCGAAGCAGUGAUGCUCCUUGACCUCCAGGCCUGUCGGCGCGUCUCCUUCGCCAACGACCUCAACUUCCUCCUGUACACGAGCCUCACGGGCGACGUCAGGAAGCCCAACCUGGACGCCCUCCUGGAGACGUACCGAGGCCACUUCAACGCCGUGAUGGAGGCCGGCGGAGGCGCCCUUCGACUCGGGAGAGAGGAAGUCGUCGGGGAGUUCCGAAGAAAGAACACCAUCGGGGCGAUUUUCGGCAUGGUGACCAUCGGCGUGGUGCUGGUGGACCCGAAGGAGGCGGUGGAGGUGGAGGCCUGCGAGGAGGGGAACUUCGACAGGGCCUUCGAGGAGGUGAAGAAGAAGACGCUGGCGAUGCUCGAAACGAAUCCGCUCCUGCGGCCGCGGUUUCUGGCCAUGUUUGACGAGUUCAUUGAGAGCGGCUUGAUACCUUCAGCAUAG